AGCCAUGUUGGCUGAAGCCGUUCUGCGUCGAGCACUGCUCGCGGCCGUCCUGCCAGGUCCGCCGGUCUUCCCCACCCUCGCGUGCCAUGCGGGCUGCUGCCGUGGCCGCGGUGCUCUCGCCCGCAGCAGCUGCUGCUGCUUCCACCUCCCCCGUGGCGGUGCCCUUCUCCCUUUCGGACGCGGAGGGGCGAGACCUGGUCGCGGAGGCGGCGGCUUUGCUGCACCCCCGCGGCCUGCGCGGCAGGGGGCGGAGCGCCCCCCCUCGUUUAUGGGCCGCCCUUUCUCCAACCCCGCCGUUGCGGCUGCAAUUCGAGGCGCACGGGCGCUUGACCGACCUCCGGCUGUAUCGGGCCGCCCCUGUCUUCGCCAGCAACGCCGUGGUGGUGGCCGAGGGUCGCGAGCUGCCGCUGGCGGCCAAGCAGCCCGUGUUCCGCAGCAAGGGUCAUACCGCAGUUCUGAGCGCUGUGGGGAGGCGAAUGCUCGGCGCGGUCUGGAUCAGAGGCGAGCUGCUCGACAUCGAGGCGGACCCCGCCACUGGCAGGCUGACUGUCGACGGGCUGACGGGCGGCGGCGAGCGCUCGGCUACUGUGUGGAACUCUACGGGCCCUGGUGGGCGACGCCUGGAGUUUGCCCCCGACAACAUCGAGCGGUGGACGGACUGUUACGCGUACGACGGGGCGACCCGAGUCCUCUCCAUGGGCGUGGCGGUGGGGACCCGCCUGUACACUGCGGAAGGGAUUCUGGGCAGUGUCGACGACACGCUGGACUGGCUGCAGUCCGUCUUCGCGAAGGCGAACCUGGUCUACACUCCCCAAGUCAAUUUCGUCCUGACCAUCUCGGACGUCUACAUCCCACAUGCGAGCGGGGAGACAGAGUCCUGGGACGACUGCGCUCUGGGAAUCAGUUCGCAGCUUUCAGAGUUCAGCAGGUGGGGCCAGCGCUCCCGGCAGGGUCUAUGGCAUCUCUUCGACAAUUGCUACGACAUGUGGCCUGGUGGAGCCAUCGGUCUCGCCUACGUCGGGCACGCGAACGCGGGCAUAUGUGCCAUGGACCAAGCGACCUUUAAUAUCGGCUCUGGCUCCUGCGUCGACUGCUACGCCAACACGGGCGUAACUUGGUACAGUUCUAACGCCUGGAAGACUUUCGCCCACGAGAUCGGCCACAAUUUCGGUGCGGAUCACGCCUUCGAUAAUGGGCAGGGGACCACAGGAGGCAUCAUGGAUUAUGGGGACGGCACGCUCAACGGUAUCUUCCAAUUCAAUACGAAUUUUACCAAGGAGGAUAUUUGCACCGUGAUCUCUCACCGCGUCAACGAGGGCUGCGAUGCAAUUACCACGUACGCGCCCGUGUGUGGGGACGGGCUGGUCGACGAGGGCGAGGAGUGCGAGUGUGACGUUGGUACUAGCUGUGCCUUCUGUGAGAGCUGCUUCUUGACGAAGGGGAGCCAGUGCACCCCAGAGGGCGGAGACUCGGAGUGCUGCACUUCAAGUGGACUCUUCGAGGGCAGCUCUACUCUGUGCACCAUGCCUGGGGGAGGGGGCACUGGGUUUUGCCAGCUCGGCACGUGCAAGAGUUCAUUGUGCACAGGUGGAUACGACAUUCUCGCCGAUUUCUGUGGCCUGCAUGCUGGCAAUGAGUGCAAGGUGAAGUGCAUGUACAAUGACGAGUGCGACACGCUGUCUUGGUUGUAUUGGGUGGGGGGUGAUCCAGUCAACCGCAGGUAUGAUGGAGCCCUGUGCAACGAUGGCGCAGGGACCUGUAUCUCAGGCGAGUGCGUGCUUGCACCCACGCCUUCGCCCACGACCCCGCCCUCCGAUGCGAGGGUCACCACCUCCGGCUGCGCCUGCCAGCAGUCCUGGUCCUACCGGGGCGCGAGCUGCGUGGACCACUGCUGCAACCCGGACGGCGAUGCCCGCGGCGAAUGGUGCUUCACCGCCGGCGAUUGCGGUGCCACCCUGUGGGAAACCUGUGCCGCCGAUCCCCGAGCAGCGGCACCCACUCCGGGCCCACCGCCGGCGCCCUCGCCGUCGCCCACGGCGACGCCCGCUCCCACCGCGCCGCAGAGCGGCGGAGCCGACACCACGACCACGCCCUCGUCGCCCUCCGACCUCGGGGCCUCGACCGCACCCACCACGAGCACGGGCACCACCGAGAGCGUCGCAGGAGCCGGCGCUCCCGAAGGAGGUCCUGGCGACGCUGAGCAGGAGGCCGAGCCAGACGCGGACUCAGAGUCGCUCACGGGAGCACCCACUUCCAGCGCCCCUCAGGGCGGCGGACCGACGGCAACCGACUCUCCCGAAGGAUGGCCUGGCAACCCCGAGACAGGGUCCGAGCUGGAUGCAGACGUGGAGCCAGACUGGGCCCCACGAUCGGCGGAUCUCAAAGCUUCCGCCCUUCUGGCAAUCGCCGCAGGUGUCGCCGCGGCCACCUGCGGAUGAGCGAGGUUGGAGAGACGCUUCCGUGCAGUACGCGUGAGUACUUCGCCCUUGUUAUCGACGCCAGGUGCUUUGCAAACUCUGCCCAGGGGCCAGUGCCCCCCGCUUCAGCGGGGGCGUUCGUUCAGGAUCGCGCUCUUGGGUCACUGUGCCUCGCCGUUGUCCAUUUUGUGGGAACGUAUCUAGGAACAUCAGGACUUGCUUACAUGGCGAGUUCCUGGCGUCGACGCUGGACUCUUUCUUUGCCAACUGCUGAGUGUUCGAAUACCGCGCCAUGCGCACCACAAUGGCAAUGACCUGAGGCUGCGACGCCAGACCAUCUGCGAGCUCGGUCUUUCACGCAGGCGUGUCGAGCCAGAAGUGCUCACACUAUCACCCUUUUGCUUGAGGCAGCUACUCUGGACCACCUGCGAGGAUGGACGUCGGUGCAUAUAUUCUAUCCGGUCUUCCACGCACGUAGGUGGGUCGAACCAGACUUGCUCGCAUGAUCAUCCUGCGAUCGUCGACACUUUGUGGGGCUUGCUACGCCGUUCGGCGUUGAAGCGCGGCAUUCGGUGGCAUAGGACGCACGUAUGAUACGUGCGUUUCAUCCUGCUGCGACGCUCACUUUCUUUCGUUGGGGCCUUAUCAGCUGAAGCGGUGCACAAGGCGCCUGAGCCGAAGUCAGACUACGCAGAGACGUAGCCAGGUCGCAGCAAA